AUGUCUUCAAAGUAUAAUUCGCUUCUAGAAUCAUUGAGGUCUCAAAAUCCUUUGGAGCGAAACAGAACAUCAUCUAUGCUUGCAGAUUUGUUAAAGGAUCUUCAGCCAAAUGAAGUAAGAGACGUUUUAAUUCAAAUCAAAAGUAUCGAAAGACAAUCUUUAGAAAUGCAAGCUCAAAUUUGCCGUGCCCUUGGCAAUCUUGUUCCAUUAGUUGGUGGCAGAGAUUAUAUUUCCAAAGUUUUAGACACAAUUGAAUUUUAUCUCGAAACUGACGAUGACAAUAUACGCGAAAAAUGCAUAGCAUCCAUUGAUCAGCUCGUAAAAUCAUCAAACACCGAAGAAAUAGAGAAAAUUUUCAUUCCAUUCUUCAUAAAAUUAUCAAAAGAUGCAUUUUAUGGAAAAAGAUCAGCAUCUGCUUUAAUAAUUUGCUUAGCUUCCAAGUAUUUAACAGAACAAGAAAGCAAUUCUCUAUUCCCUAUUCUAGAAACACUUGUUUCCGAUCAAAGCAUUGAAGUUCGAAGAGAUUUAGCAAAAGCAAUGUAUGAUGCAUUUAAUUCACACAAGUUUAUUGUCGAAAAACUGAUUUUAAUCCUUUCAAAAUUAAUAAAUGACCAAACUGUUAUAGUUCAAAAGAAUAUCGCGCCUGCUUUAACAUGCCUGACUCAUGAGAAGUACAAUGACUUCGUAGAUGAUGCAAUUAAUAUCAUUGUUGCAAAUAAAAAAUUUGAAAACGUAAUUUCCAUUCUCAGCAACAUAGAAAAUUUGUAUAUUACAAAAGAAACCCAACAGUAUUUAUAUUCCUUCAUAUUUACAGAUGAACAUCCAUUAGUUCGCGCUGAAUCAGCAAAACAUUUGAAAUUUAUUGCAAAAAGUAACGUUUUAAGUAAAGAAAAGCUUGAUGAAUCAAUUAAACUACUUGCAAAGGAUAGUGAUCCACAGGUUUUGUUCGAAUUGGCCAAAUCAAUUCCAAAUUUAAUUGAAAAUCAUAAAGAAGCAUGUGAAUUUGCACUUUCUAUACUCACAGAAUCAACAGAUACAAGGAUAUCUAACCAAGCAUACGAGGCAAUCGCUGAAACUGGCGUUGGAAUCGAAAUUGCAAUUAAUAGAAUUUCCCAAAUUGGAAAUUCACACUGGAGAACAAUGAUUUCGAUGUGUUGUGUUAUAGGAUUGAUGUCUAAGACCUUAGAUGUUGAUUCUUUCAAUGAAAAAUUAUUACAAUAUCUUUAUAUUCUUUUUGAAUCAAAAGUCUGGGGUGUAAGAAGUCAAGCAGUUGAUACAGUCAAAGAUAUUAUGCAAGUUUAUGGCACAGAUUGGUUUUUCACCAAAAUUUAUGAUUAUGUCAUUGAAAAGUUCUCAAAAGGUAACUAUUUAGAUCGCCAACUUUCUGUUCUUGUUGCAUGUUCAUCCCCUGAUUAUUCCAAAGUUUCUGGAUUCUUGAAACAAAUUACUUCAGAUCCAACAUCAAAUGUCCGUCUUAUGCUUGCAAAAGAAUGUCCAAAGCAAUUCACUGAGAUUCUGGACAUUUUAUCUCAUGAUUCCGACCAAGAUGUUUCAUAUUAUGCAAAUCAAAGGAAAAAUUAA